CGUCAAUGUUUAUGCUGUUCUCCGUGCAUGUAACCGAUGUAACCGCGCCAAGGUCUCUGCAAUGUGAUUCCUCUCCCAUGGUUUGUUGUUAUAUCGCCAGGCCCGUUUUUCUGCAACCCCAUUAUGCGCCAACCCCUGACAUGGGGCUUCACCACUAGCUGAAACAGACGGACUGACACCGAGGAAACCGCCGGGAUGGCUGGCGCCUUCGGCUUGAAGGGCUGCCAGAAGAUCCUGGGUCCGCAGCUCCGCAGCCUGCUGGAGGCGAAGGAGCUGUUCCUGUUCGACUGUGACGGGGUGAUCUGGCACGGCGAGGCGGAGGUGGCGGGGGCCGCCCGCGUGGUGAGCGCGCUGCUGCGGCGCGGGAAGAGGGUGGUGUUCGUCACCAACAACUCCACCCGGCCCCGGGACAACUACCUGACCAAGUUCCGCCGCCUGGGCUUCGCCGACGUGGCUCUGGAGCAGAUCUUCAGCUCGUCCUACUGCUCGGCCCUGUACCUGCGGGACGUGGUGCAGGUGCGGGGCCGGGUGUUCGUGAUCGGCUGCGAGGGGCUGCGGAGGGAGCUGACGGAGCUGGGGGUCUGCUGCCCGCAGGAGGAGGACGAGGAGGGAGCCUCCAUCUACACCUGCAACCUGCACACGGACGUCAGGGCGGUGUUGGUGGGCCACGAUGAUAAAAUGACUUUCCUCAAGCUGGCCAAAGCCUCCUGCUACCUGAGGGACCCGGGCUGCCUGUUCCUGGCCACCGACAACGACCCCUGGCACCCGCUGUCCGGGGGACGGAUCCUGCCAGGUUCCGGCUCCCUUAUCGCUGCCCUGGAAGUGGCAUCGGGUCGCAAGGCCACCGUGAUCGGCAAGCCCAGCCGCUUCAUGUUCGAGUGCAUCUCCAGCCAGUUCAGCGGGGUGGAUCCUGCCCAGUGCCUGAUGGUCGGGGACCGCCUGGAGACAGAUAUGCUGUUUGGGUCCAAUUGCGGUGUGGACACCAUGCUCACCCUGACCGGCGUGUCUCAGAUGGAGGAGGCCCAGGAGUACAGGAAUAGUGACCUGACCACCAACCACAGCUUUGUGCCUGACUACGUGGUGGACACCAUCGCUGAUUUCCUACCGGCUUUGGAGGAACUGGAGGAACAGAGCAACUGACAAGUUAUUUGGCUGCCAGUGUGGCUGUAGUUUGUUUCUGCUACAUUUUACAUUUGCACAAGAUAUUCCAAUUGAAAGUUAAUAGAUUUCUCAAAAACAAAUCAAUGUUUACGCAAAUAACCAAGACACAUAUUGGACCAAUAUGCCCAGCCAGAAUAAUCCGGAGUAAUGUGUGCAUUCGUUCGUGUUUCUUCCCGUGUCGUGAUCAUUUGUGACUUGACGGCUCCCUAUUGCUGUGUUUGAUUAUACUGCACUUUGUUCAUAACUUGUGUUUGAUAUUGAGUAUUUAAGCAUCCAAAAGGUAUUUUUGUAAAGCCAUGAAUUUUUCUGAAUUCAUGUGUUUUGAAGCUUUUCUUUUUUGCCACAAGGCAGAUGUGUGAAAUGUAGAAUUAUUCUCUAAAAUUUCUGCCUGGGUGUCACUUCUAGAUAAAAAAAAAAAAGUCAUGCGAGCAGAUUUUCUCAGCUCUGAUACGAGACCAAGUCAACAACCUCCCAGCCAGAUUGGUGAGGAGUUUAUUCACUUUCUGCCUUCCCGUCUUGUCUGUAUACUUGUGCCGACAUCCAUCCGAGUAAUAAACUGCUUACUGAAGCUCCUAGUUAGAGAAACAUUAACGGUGGCCAGUCUUGAGGCGUUGCUGUGAAAUGUCAAUGUUGUGGAUGUUUACCAUAUGGAGCAUGCCAGCAAUGGUAACAAUAAACACCUCAAAGUGAACCAGAUAUUCUUCAUUUAU